AUGAAUACCGCCAUCAUUGUGCUGAUCAUCGCCGGUGCAGCAGUGUGCCAGCCAUCUGGCGGGGAGCGCUUCCCAUGUGGUGGUUUUUUUGUGCGUCCUCCACCACCACCCUACCUGAAAAAUCUUUCUGGAGAAGCUCGUAACGAAUAUGUUGAAAUCCAACGUAGCGUAAAUGACUCUAUCGCCACCCAGAUGCAAAAUAUUCUUACUUGGGCGGAGAAGUAUGGAAUUGAGUCACAAGUACAGGAGUUUGAGUCCAGCAAGGCCAGGAUCUUGAGCGAAGUGAAGCAGAAUGUUACUGCUGCCAUCAGCGAUUUGAGCACGGUUCUGGAACAGUACUACUCCAUAAUGGACAACGACGAUCAGUCACUCAUAGAACAAAGAAGACAAUUCAGAAAUCU